UCGCGGCGGCGCGGCGCGGGCUGCGGGAAUGAGGUAAAGGCGGGCGGGGCGCGCGCAGGAAGCGGCGAGCGGAGCGCGGACAGCGGGGCCAUGGCCGACACCGCGGAAGCACACGAGGAGCAUGAUACUUCUACUGAAAACACAGAUGAUUCUAACCACGACCCUCACUUUGAGCCCAUAGUUUCCCUUCCUGAGCAAGAAAUAAAAACUCUGGAAGAGGAUGAGGAAGAACUCUUCAAGAUGCGAGCGAAGCUGUUCCGGUUCGCAUCCGAGAACGAGCAUCCCGAGUGGAAGGAGCGAGGGACCGGUGAUGUGAAACUCCUGAAACACAAGGAGAAGGGAACAAUUCGCCUCCUCAUGCGGAGGGAUAAAACUCUCAAAAUCUGUGCAAACCAUUAUAUCACACCCUUAAUGGAGCUGAAGCCCAACGCCGGGAGCGACAGGGCCUGGGUCUGGAACACACACGCUGACUUUGCAGAUGAGUGCCCCAAGCCUGAACUCCUGGCAAUCCGCUUUCUAAACGCAGAGAAUGCACAGAAAUUCAAGGCAAAAUUUGAAGAAUGCAGGAAUGAAGUAGGCAAGAAAGCAAAGAAAGCAGGCACAGACAAAAAUGAUAGUGCUGAUAAAGUUGCUGAAAAACUAGAAGAGCUUUCUGUAAAGGAAGAAAGCAGAGAAUCUGAGAAGAAGGAGACCAAGGAAAAAACUGAAGAAAAGCAAUAAAAUCAUCCUGGGCCUUGCAGUUUUUCCUUUACUUUUUUCUUUCUUUUCCUUUUUUUUUUUUUUUUUUGUUUUGUUUUGUUGGUUUUUUGGUUUUGGUUUUUUUAAAUUUUUUUUACAAGGGACUUUAUAAGGAACACAGAUCAACAUUCAGGUUGUUUUUUUCUAAGCUUUUGCCCUUUGGAAGGUGUCUUCAGAAAAAUCCAUUCCCCAGUCAUGAAAAUGUACUGUGCUAACUUUCUUUUCCAUAGUGGAAACACUUAUUUAUAGUCAUCCAAAAGAGUGAAUAAAACAAACGUGAAAACAGCAUCGGGGCAGAACUGUAAAGGCUUGUGAAUGCACUUGUUUCCUUGGGUGUGAAGCUACAUAUCAUCAUUCCUGUGGAUUUAGCAGGUUAACAGACUUUUACCAGCAGGGAAGGUCAGGAUGCAUUCAUGGUUCUUGUCUGGCUUCUCCAAGUGUGAUGUAGCAGAGCUUUCCCUGUGCUGUGUGUGUGCUGGGCAGGGAUGUGCCAGGGAAUGGGGCACCGAGAGCCUUCCUGGCACACUUGGUGCUGAGCCAUCAGACAGGGAAAAUGAAGGUGGGGGAGAAAAUGCAUUAUGUGAGGUUUGUCAAGGAUUUUCCUCUUAAGAAACAAAACCUGUGCUUCCCCCCUGCCCCAAAUUUGCUAAUACUACAAAGGCUUGAUUCCAGCAGAAAGCUGCUGCUGUUGUCCCAGAUCUUCCACGCCGUGCUCCUCGCUGGCUGAAGGCACAGCAGCCUGUUCUGCCGAGGUGUGUGUGCAAAGGAAUCCAAACUGUGUGAGUACCUUCCCGUGAGAUUCCCCGUGUCAGCAGAUCCUGGCAGUUGUAGGCUAAAAUCGAAAAGCUUUUUUUUCCCCAGGGCUUUGGAGCUCACAUUGUUCUUACAAACCGGAGGAGUUCUGAACUCCUCAGAUGCUUGGUAGGGAGGCUGUCCCUCUUGGAGAGUGGCAGUCACUUUGGAACAGUUAAUGAAGUUGUACAAGCUUGAGGGACACUCUCCUUGCCAGAAUGGGCAAAUUGGAUUAACAACAAACAUGUGCAGUGAGGAGACUUGACCGAUUUCAAGGUAGUGCUAGAGUAAGAAGAUAAACUGUAGUAAGCAAUAAAAUCAACACAAUUAAGUCUGAUAGAUGAAAUGAACUUCGUUGUUGAACACUAAUACAAGGAUUGUGUUAGGAUAGUGAUGAAAUUUUGUAAUAGUUUCCAAAAUAAUUAAUGAAUACCAGACAAAAACUGCUAAACUGUAAGACUGAGUGAUGUUAAUGUUGGAUAGCAAGACCUUUUUAUCUUCAUGAAGAGGCUUUUAACUUGGUCAGGUUCUGCAGCCUACUUGAGGAAAAUAUAUUUUUUAAAAAAUCAUGUUUUAGCACUGUCUUUUAAUGCUACCAUGAAUGAGUCUUAAAUCUGGAACUGUAAUUAAGGUACUCACUUCAUUCAAACAGAGUAAUUCCUUUGGUGUUUUGCACAUUCCCCUUCAAGUACAGCAGAUAUCAAAAGUCUGUUAAUUAACAAAGGUGGUUGAAAGGCAAAAUGAAAUGCUCCUUAGUGUUUCUGGUUUGGAAAUAACAAGACAAAGCUACUCUGAAGUAUUUAACAUUUGAAUGUAAAAGCCAAAUCUUUAUCCAUGAGUCACUGUAAAUUCUCUGAUCUGAUAAUGUCAAACAGUGUGUCUAAAUUGAUAGAAAUGACAUUUUAAAAAUUCAAAAUAAACUUAAAUUUUCAUUUAAAGGA